AUGCUUCUGUUAUAGAUCACAUGCUACUAAAUUCAGAUAAUGCUGAUUUUACGCCUUUGUUUUGGCGCCCCCUCCAGCGCAGCGCCCCUGUGCGUCGCGUGCUCGUGUUUUGCGCCAGUGAUUGCGGUAGUCUGGAGAUAAAACUGAAUCGACACGUCAUUGGCUCCCACUCUGGCUGUGUUUGUGUGUAUUUUACAGGAAGGAAGGGAGGAGGAGGCAGCGUGGAAGGAGGUUUUGUCGCAGUAACACAACUUCUCCAGGCGGGCAGCUGCUUUUCCACAACACGUCCUCCAACGGUCCCUCCGACACGCCGAGUGGACAUGCCGCCGGUCAGUCUGUGCGCUCCGUGACCCCAGGAGGGACUGAGUGAGCUCGGCUUGCUCGUCUCUGAACGCUGGCGCGGAAGCGAAAGGCUCGGGGUUCGGGGAAAGACCGACGCCUCCCUGCGUCUUUCCCGGCGCCGGCAGCCGCCAGCCCGGAUCGGCCGCAGGAACCGACCGCUCCGGCUGUUAGCCGGGAAGCUAGCAGCCGGGAAGCUAAGGGGCAAAUACACCCAGGAAAUCCGAUCAGUUGAGCUUUGACAGAAAGCAGCGGCGACAGCCUGAAAAUGGAUUGAACAAUGAAGGGUGGAACUGACUAAUCAUCCAAAUAGGAGGGCCUCUUUCUCUCUCUCUCUCUCUAAGGUAGCUCUCUUCAGCUUACCUGUGCAGCAGAGCUGAGAGACAGAGCAGAAGAUGCCUCCAAGGCCGUCCUCAGGGGAGCUAUGGGGCAUCCACCUGAUGCCCCCAAGGAUCCUGGUGGACUGCCUGCUGCCCAAUGGGAUGAUUCUGACCUUGGAGUGUCUCCGAGAGGCCACGCUAAUCACCAUCAAGCAUGAGCUGUUCAAGGAGGCCAGGAAGUAUCCCCUCCAUCACCUCCUGCAGGAGGAAACCUCCUACAUUUUUGUCAGUGUUACACAGGAAGCUGAGCGGGAGGAGUUCUACGAUGAGACUCGAAGGCUGUGUGACCUUCGACUCUUCCAGCCGUUCCUCAAAGUGAUCGAGCCAGUCGGCAACAGAGAGGAAAAGAUCCUGAACAGAGAGAUCGGUUUUGCCAUCGGCAUGCCCGUGUGUGAGUUCGACCUGGUGAAGGACCCAGAGGUCCAGGACUUCAGGAGAAACAUCCUGAAUGUUUGUAAAGACUCUGUGGAGCUGAGAAACGCCAGCGGGCCUCACAGCAGAGCGCUGUACGUUUACCCCCCCAACGUCGAGUCGACACAGGAGCUUCCCAAACACAUCCAUAGCAAACUGGACAAAGGUCAGAUUAUUGUUGUAAUAUGGGUGAUCGUUUCCCCAAACAAUGACAAGCAAAAGUAUACACUGAAGAUCAACCAUGACUGUGUGCCGGAACAGGUGAUCGCAGAGGCCAUUCGCAAGAAGACGCGCAGCAUGCUGUUGUCCCCAGAGCAGCUGAAGAUGUGUGUUCAAGAAUAUCAGGGGAAAUACAUCCUCAAAGUUUGUGGCUGUGACGAAUACCUGCUGGAAAAGUAUCCCAUCAGCCAGUACAAGUACAUCCGUAGUUGCAUCAUGUUGACCAGGAUGCCAAACCUGAUGCUAAUGGCUAAGGACAGCCUGUACACUCAGCUGCCUACGGAUAACUUCGUCAUGCCAUCAUACUCUCGUCGUAUCUCCACGGCAACGUCGUACAUGAAUGGAGAGGCUUCGUCCAAGUCGCUGUGGAGCAUCAACGGGACUCUGCGAAUACGAAUCCUCUGCGCCACCUACGUCAACGUGAAUAUACGGGACAUAGACAAGAUUUAUGUGAGGACUGGAAUUUACCAUGGAGGUGAACAAAUGUGUGACAACGUCAACACACAGAGAGUACCCUGCUCUAAUCCCAGGUGGAAUGAGUGGCUCCCCUAUGACAUGUACAUCCCGGACAUCCCCCGAGCUGCCAGGCUCUGCCUCUCCAUCUGCUCCGUUAAAGGCAGAAAGGGAGCCAAGGAGGAACACUGUCCAUUAGCUUGGGGCAACAUUAACCUGUUUGACUACACUCACACUCUGGUGGCCAACAAGAUGGCUCUGAACCUCUGGCCAGUCCCUCAUGGCCUUGAAGACCUCCUCAACCCAAUAGGAGUCACUGGAUCUAAUCCCAAUAAGGAAACACCAUGUCUGGAGCUGGAGUUUGACCACUUCAGCUGUCCUGUCAAAUACCCAGACAUGAAUGCAGUGGAAGAUCAUGCAAACUGGAUCAUCUCCAGGGAACUGGGGUUUAACUUCAACCUCUCAGUCAACCACUCGGGAACUCAACAGAGCAGUCGGGCGGCCAGAGAUCACGCCCUGACGGAAAGUGACAGCGAACAGAUGCGACAGCUGAGUAACAGGGACCCUCUGUCUGAAAUCACUGAGCAGGAGAAAGACUUCCUCUGGAGACACAGGCACUACUGUAUGAACAUCCCAGAGAUCCUUCCCAAGAUACUUCUUGCUGUCAAAUGGAACUCCAGAGAUGAUGUAGCGCAGAUGUAUUGUUUGUUGAAGGAAUGGCCAUCGAUCCGUCCAGAACAGGCCAUGGAGCUGCUGGACUGUAACUACCCAGACCCCAUGGUCAGGCACUUCGCUGUGCGCUGCCUGGACAAAUACUUGACCGACGAUAAACUCUCCCAGUACCUUAUCCAGCUUGUUCAGGUAUUAAAAUACGAGCAGUAUCUUGACAGUCCUCUAGCUCGCUUUCUCCUCAAAAAGGCCCUGACAAAUCAAAGGAUAGGCCAUUUCUUCUUCUGGCAUCUCAAGUCAGAAAUGCACAACAAAACUGUGAGCCAGAGGUUCGGGCUGCUGCUGGAGGCGUACUGCAGGGCUUGUGGCAUGUACCUGAAACACCUGAGCAGGCAGGUGGAAGCCAUGGAGAAGCUCAUCAACCUCACCGACAUUCUCAAACAGGAAAAGAAGGAUGAGACGCAAAAGGUCCAGAUGAAGUUUCUUGUAGACCAGAUGAAGCGACCCGACUACAUGGACGCCCUGCAGAACUUCACCUCUCCACUCAACCCUGCACACCAGCUGGGAAAUCUGAGGCUGGAGGAGUGCAGAAUCAUGUCAUCCGCAAAGAGACCGCUGUGGCUCAACUGGGAGAAUCCUGACAUCAUGUCCGAGUUGCUGUUUCAGAAUAAUGAGAUCAUCUUCAAAAACGGAGACGAUUUGCGGCAGGAUAUGCUGACGCUGCAGAUAAUCAGAAUCAUGGAGAACAUCUGGCAGAACCAGGGACUGGACCUACGGAUGCUCCCCUACGGCUGUCUGUCUCUGGGAGACUGCGUGGGCCUGAUAGAGGUGGUUCGAAACUCCCACACCAUCAUGCAGAUUCAGUGUAAAGGAGGCUUGAAAGGAGCCUUGCAGUUCAACUCCAACACGCUGCAUCAGUGGCUCAAGGACAAAAACAAAGGAGAGACGUACGACUUGGCUGUGGAUCUGUUUACGAGGUCCUGUGCUGGCUACUGUGUAGCCACGUUUAUUCUGGGGAUCGGCGAUCGGCACAACAGCAACAUUAUGGUGAAAGACGACGGGCAGUUGUUUCAUAUAGAUUUUGGCCAUUUCUUGGAUCACAAGAAGAAGAAAUUUGGCUACAAGCGAGAGCGAGUCCCGUUCGUUCUGACGCAAGACUUCCUCAUCGUCAUCAGUAAAGGAUCCCAGGAGUGCACAAAGACCAAAGAGUUUGAAAGGUUCCAGGAAAUGUGCUACAAGGCGUACCUGGCCAUCCGCCAGCACGCCAACCUCUUCAUCAACCUGUUCUCCAUGAUGCUGGGCUCCGGGAUGCCCGAGCUGCAGUCCUUCGACGACAUCGCCUACAUCCGGAAGACGCUGGCGCUGGAGAAAAGCGAGCAGGAGGCUUUGGAUUAUUUCAUGAAGCAGAUGAACGACGCUCACCAUGGAGGUUGGACCACCAAGAUGGACUGGAUUUUCCACACGAUUCGGCAGCAUGCACUAAACUAAACGCAUUAAACUCAACAUGGAGUAUUUAUUACUACACUUUUUGAAGGGAUUUAUUUUCCCAUUCACAGCAAACUCUAUAAAACUCUAUAAAGUUUGCCUUUUGAUUAAGUUUUGAAGCACUUUUUCCCUUGUUUUUCAAACGAGGUUCUGGGUUUCCCGCAUUAUCGUUUCUGUUCGCCUUCAUUCGGGUUGUGCUGCUUUUGUCAGUGUGUCAAAUUUUCCUCAAGACCCUGACGGUAAUAACCUUCCCCAGACUUUCAUGUUUGGAAAAAAAAAGCUGCUCUUGAAAUAAAACCCAACAGAACUUAGCGGAGCCGCCGAGGCGUUAAUGUAGCUGCAGAGCAAGUGGGACUUGCUGACCUUCAGUCGUUGCAGUUCUGCACAGGGAAGGCAGAGGAAACGUUGUGCUCAAAUUCACUGGAUUAUCUCCCAUCUAUAAUGUCUUCCACAGAUAAUUUGACCUUUUUUCAUUGUUUGGGUUUUUGGAGCAGAAAUGUAAAGACUAAAAAGCAUCAGAGAUGAUCUCUGAGAUUUUCUUUCUCCAGCGACUUCUUGUCGUCGACUUCAGAGCAAAGAUGCCUCUGUCAAAAAAAUAAAAAAAGCACUUGAAACUGUAAAAAAGUAAAGUGUACAGAUUUAUGACUUUUUAAAUUAAUUUAUGUAUUUUGUUUCAUUUUGAAAGUCAGAAAUAUAACAGAUACUAUUGAUUUUGUAAAUAUGUUUGAAACUUUGUCACUUAAAGGUUCUUUUAGCGCCAUUUGAGCUGCAGUUUUUUUUUUGAUUAGACGUAAUACUGAUACCUUUUUAUUUAUAAAGUUGGCCCAGAAUCAUUUAUUUAGAGAAGCAAAACUGCAAGAGUGAACAUUUUGGUCUUGCAUUACAUUUACAACAAGAAGUGAGGGGAAAAAACACACUGUGUAUAAACAGGAACAGAUUCCCCCCCAAAAUACACAACCUGAGUAAAUUAAACUGAACUGAGAGCAAAAAAAAAGAGGGUUAUAGAAAAUAGUAAUUUUUUUUUGACUAGUAACAUAAAAAUCAACUCUGACUACAUAUUUUCAACCUAGAGAGUUUUUCUCACCCAAAAUAAUGUCCAGACUACCCAAUUGUGUGUUGUGAUUGGAUAGUAGGAGAAACCCAAACCUAUUUACAACUUCUUGCUAUUCAGUGCCAAGGAGAAACCCAGCAUAAGUGUAUAAAAGCAUUAGCUUGGAGAGCUAAAAAACCGGCACCCUCUGGAAGGAUUUAAAAGCCCUUUAUGAAGAGCUGCCUCUAAAGACAUUUAGGUUGCGUUGCUCCCCUCUGUGUUCGGGCCUGAGCCGGUGCUGCCUUGCCUCAAACUGCUGUCACCAACACGCCUCGUAAAGGGGAACUGUGCUGAGUCUCACUUUUUUCCACAGUCGGUUUUAGCUGAGAGUUUAACACAAGCGUUACCGUAAGGAUGUUACCCGUCCCAUCAGUUUUUAGUUUACCCACAAUAAAAUGCUGUUUAGCCCUAAAACUGUCACUUUAGGCUAAUGCUAUGCAACUUUAGCUUAGCAAAUUAUGCUAGCAGAGCUAAUUCUGAAGUAAUUGGUGACAAAACAACACAAACUGUAUAUUUUAUUCUCACUUUUAAAAGCCUUAAGAAAAUGAAUUGGGAUUUGCUUCAUACCUUCAACGGUUGGUGUUUUCCGACUCUGAAAUACGACUGAUUAGUUUUGCACAAUCAGUAUUCAUAUGGCCAAAAAAACAACUUAAGAUGGAUUAAAACGUCAUUUGUUGAAAGUUAAUGAUUACAUUUAAAUGUAACAGAAGUUUGUUAAAAGUAAAAUGUUUUCAGUGCUGAAAACUGCAACAUGUGACACUAAAUCUCUCAAUUGGCUGAACUAUGAACUUUGUAAUUGAUUCUUUCAUUGAUGCUCCAGAAAUUAGAACAUUUUACAUAAUCAGGGUAAUUAGAAACCCAUUUUGGUCAAUGAAUAUAUGAAAAGCUUCACCAGACCAGCCAGGUGUGUUAAGAGGCCAAAGUGACGAUUAGUUUUAAUUUGGUUCAGUUGUUUUGCUUUGUUUGUGCUGCAUCGUUAGCCUGGACCUUCUGUAGUGUUUUUCUGAGUGAAUCCUGUGAAACUGAUGUUGGAAAAGCACUAUAAGGUGAAAAAGAAAUGCUAAUAAUUUUAAUUAUUCUUGCCUUUUUUUUGGACAUUAGUCUGAUAUGUAUGUUUUGCAAAUAGCAUAGCGAGUGUGUAUGACGGAAAAUGUGUACUUGGGUGUGGCAGCUGUUGUGUGUUGUCCUCCCAUGCAUCCUGAGUCAUUCUGUGCAGGCUGCAGAGCUUCAUUGGCAGGUUCCAAUGGAAACCGGCGCGUGUGCCAUGACACCUGCAAUAACUGUCUUUAAAUGUUUUGGAAACGACCAUCUCCACUGGCAGGGAAUAUUUGCCAGCAUUUUGUUUUUAUUUGUUUAUAAGGAAAGAUAAAUAAGGGGAAACAAACUUUUUUUACAUGUAUAUUCAUGUUUUACUUGAAAUGUCAUGAAUUGGAGAGUUUAUGUCCAAUUAGUACUAAUUAUGAGAGUCUAUUGUACUGUAGAUAAACGCCGAUGGCUGAAGCAUUGUUUAAUACGAGUAGUGAAUGUUCUUUGUGCCACAGUGAAGAAUCAAUUACAUCUUGAUCUGAGGGGAUAAAUUGGAGACUAAAAAAACGUUUACUGUAAGAUUCCAACAGUUUUCUAAAGCUUGGUUGGUUAAAGUGGUUGUAAACUCAAAUCCAAGUUUUUCCUCCUGGAAGUAAAUCACACUGCAAAAACACAAAAUCUCACCAAAUAUUUCUGGUCUAGUUUUUAGUUCAAAUAUCUUAGCACACCUGAAAUAAGACAAAACUACCUAAUAAAUCACCUUUAACUGGAUAAUUCUUUAAUGUUGGUGAAAAAAUACUAAUUCGAUUGGCAGAUUAUUUCACUUACAACACAAAGUGAUACAAGUUUCUGCUGAAAAGCUGCUUGCAGGUUAAUUUAGUUUUAUUUAGUUUAGUAAAUUAAGACAUUUGCGUUGGAAAGUAGACUAAAAAUAUUUGGUUAGAUUUUGUGUUUUUGCAUAAAACGAGACACUUUAUGAAGUUCAACACAAUAAAGUGCAAUAAGCCGUAAUCCUGCCUUUUUAGUGGCUUUCAUUGUGACUGUGGGACUAAAAUGUUAAAUCUGCCAUGUCAGCCAUUUGUCUUUGUGUUGAAUUCAAUCGUCGCCUGAUUGGUUUUGUUUGUUUUUGUUGUGUAAAUGCACUGUUUCUACUGAGCCUCGAAUUGAGCCAUGAACAGAGAAAAUGUCAUAAAAUGGAUUUAAAAUUCAGUUUUUAAAUUUCAAGCAAAUUCUCUGGAAUAUAAAAAAUAAAAUAUUUUACUUGUGUGCAGCUCUGUGAGUUGGUGUCGUAAUGUGCUGUGCUGCCAGAACUUUUUCACAUGCUACUUGCAUGAGAUCAAUAUUUAUUUUCCUGAUUUUAUAAUUAUUUUCCCCCCUUUUUUAUUUUGAUAAACAAACAUUCACUGUCUUCCCUAAUGCCUUAAGUCUGCUUCCUGUAGGUUUUGGGACAUUUGGUAUUUAAGUUGCAUUGUUAUUACAAUAUUGUUGUUUUAUUUAUGGAUGUACAUUCGGAGGCGACGGUUGUAUUCCCUGACCGACCGACUAACUGGUCACCAGGGCGUCUGUGAAGUUGUGUAAAUAAAUUUGUUAAACAUUCA